CUCCCAGAUUCAUUUAUUUCUUUGAAAGGAGAUGAUGCUGAGCAAAGCCACAGGAUGGCUGGGAUUUUUCGCAAUCCUGGCUACUACGGGGGCCAACUGGGAAGCAGACCCCCUGUGUCCUGCCAGGUACAAGAUCAACUGCCUACUUCACCAGCGAAUGGGCUGCGGACCAGAUGGGGCACCAAGUUGUGGUUCUUGUUUCCCAGGUCACGAAGAGGAUUCUAAUGGAGACUGUGUGCCGAAAAAAGGUUCUAAGCAUGAAAGCAGACUCAAAACUCAGAAGAGACCUAAAGAUUUGCCAGGUCUUUUGCGUUACCUUCUGGCUAAGCAUGAAAAGACAUUGCAGUUGUCCACGAUGGAGACCACCGUACCUGGCAUUACUGAAAUAUUUGAACCAUCCAGCUCUCAGACUGACUUCCCAACUUCUCAUUCAACAAGUGUCUCUUCCUCCGGGAAUACGUCUCCAGUUUCCUCUCAGUCAUAUGAAAUCACUCCAAUUUCAGCCACUACACCACCAAGGAGAGUUAGAGUGGACUUCAAGCAGAGGUCCCGUCCUCCAGUUACUAGCAUGAAUAAAGCUGUGACUCUUACGCUUGUGGUCAUGUGCACGGUGACAGGAGUCUCUGGAUUGGUGGUUGCAGCCAUUUGUUGGUACAGGCUUCAGAAAGAAGUACGUUUGGCUCAAAAGAUGGCAUACACAGCUACUCGAGGGAACCAGUACCGAUACCAUCAACCCAGUGCAUACAUGGAUUCCAGGCUAGCACAGUCUUGUCAAGUUCACCACUAUCAGCAUCGAAAGAAACUUCUUGCUGGUGAGGAGAGACAAUCUCCCAAAGCAACGGAGCAGAUCCCUACAGAAUCAGAGAGUGAAAGUGGCGAUUACACUGUAUAUGAAUGUCCUGGAUUGGCCCCGAGUGGAGAAAUGGAGAUCCACAAUCCUCUCUUCGACACCUCCGCCCUCCACCAAUGUCCCCCCUAAUUACCCCCCCUCCCCUAUUUUUCUCCCUUCCCUCAUCUAUCUUGCCAUUUUCUGGAUCCAUGUAGGGAAGAUUCAAACUGGCCAACACCCCCGUGGUGCUGUUUCUCCAUCCUCUUCCUUUGAAGGAAGAUCAUAUCCGUCCCACGUAUUCCUCUAUCCUCUUAUGCUAAUAAUACAGGAAUGCUUUCAGGCUUUUAGGAGAUUUUUCUAUCAUAGCUUUGCUUCAGUUGAAGGUCUUCUGACAGUGAACUUUUAUCCUGAGAAUUCCUACUAUCAUUUGGAGACCUUGAUUCAAGCUCUCCUGAUGCCAUCAGCUCUUGAACUGGAAGGGUUUAUUGUAUCCAGUCUAGCUGUGGAGACCUAAGAAGCAGAAGACUUCAUUUGUCACGUACAAAAAGAGAAUUCCUAGGCACGCUUAGAUGUCUAAGAUUGCCCCAAAGCAUUUUGCCCAUCAGUGGUGUCCACUCUUUCCUGGACGAUAUAUAUAUAUAUAUAUACAUACUGUAUAUAAUAUACAAGCUAGUCAGUUUGUUGUGUCACCAGAGGCAGAAAAUCCCACAAAACAGCUCUCCUCGGCAAUAAUAUUAACCAUAGCGACAAUAUAUAAUUUGCUACAUUUUCAUGAUGAUAACUUAAGUCUCCUGCCUCGCUUUGCUCCAUGCUUGGAACAGCCCUUGUCCCACCCCAACUGCAUAAGUCAUCUGGGUGAUGUUGCUGGAUGGAUAUCAUUUUAAAUGGGUAAAAAAAGCAUACUUCUAUUUAAGACCACUUGUCAGACACCGGAGAGCUCAGGAGACUUCAUGCAGUUCAAAUGAGUAUAAAGAUUCUUUGCAAGCUUAGCUCUCUACAAGAAUCUGGCCAAGUGACCAUUAAGGGAAUGUGAGGGAAUUAAAAAAGGAAUUCAAGGUGGGCUGGACUUAGAUCUCUCGUGGCCUCAUAAUUUAUCACAGUUUGACCCUUCCAUCAGGCUCAGCCUGAUCAUCUUUUACAUCACCAAUCCUUUUAGAUGAGUUUGCAAGUUCAACACAACUGGGGCCAGGGACCUGGUAGUUUUUAUUUACCGUAUAUCCCGGCGUAUAGGGCGACCCGGCGUAUAAGACGACCCCCUAGUUCGACGCCAGGUCGCAAGAUGAUCGACGCCGAGUCGC